UUCCCCUAUCAAAAACCCUAACUCCGGCGGAAGUUUUUGACUCCCUCGGUGACCUGAUCAGGUCAUUUUGCGUCAUCAACAAUCACUCGAUUUCUCUCUUCUUUAAUCCAAAAAGUAGCGUGCCUUCGUUCUACCUUUGAAAUUCUGGAUUCUCAUUGGGUUUCCCGAUGACCGGCCGGCAGUUUUAAGAGCUGCCCCUCCGUGAAAACUUAUGGUGGAAGUUCUGUUGCUCUGAAAUUUAUGUUUCUCAACUAGUAUAGUAGUUGCGUAAAAGUGGGAAGCUACUUCGUAUAAGUGGAUACUCCUUUCGUUUUCUUUUAUUCCUCUGGGGACCAGCCAAACAGAGGGAAGUUAAUGCAAUGUGAUUUUCUCCAAGAAUCCUGGACUUAAGCGAUUAUUCUUUCCAAUUCACAGUGUUCAAACUCUUGGGUAGCAUGUCAAUGGAAAUGGAGCAUUGAGCUCCGCGUAAAAGCGAUGGCAAGGGAUGACCACCUUGUUCUUAUGAUGCACUACAGAUUCUUCAACUUCUUUUAAAACACUAUUGGGAAGCAUGAACAUAGUCAAGGGCGUGGCUGACCUUAUCCGAAGAACAUCUAAUAUCCAAUCUGGAGAAUCUAGUACCCGCUCAACUACAGAGAAGUUUCCAGCUCCGGCUCCUAAAAUCUGCUUCAGUGAGGAAGGUGAUGAAGCAAUUUUGCAUACCUUAUGGGAGAAACACGAGAGCAUAACUGAUAAGGUUGAAAAGAGAAAGCUGUUCCAUGUUUUCCUUAAGCAAUUUGUUGCUGCAUUCAAGAGUUGGGUACCUGUAAAUGCCGGUCCGUUCAUAGAGACUACUCCUACAACUAAUGCAACAGAGUCUCCCUUAUGCCGUGCUGAUGUGGUUGUUAGUUGCUUUGUUGGGCACCCGGUUGAGAUAAUUCUGACUCUGAUUGAGGAGAUUGGGCAUAUAACUACCCUGAUCGCAGAUUUAAACCCCAGUGGUACACAUGGUGGAAUAGACGUAUCACAGUGGCCAAGUUGGAAUGUCUCUGCUGAAGGGUUGCCUGUGCUGGAUGCAUUAACUAUAAUAACCCGUUCAAUGCACAAUUGCAGAGUUUUUGGUUUCUAUAGUGGUGUCCAAAAGCUAACUGCAUUACUGAAAGCUCAAAGGUUCUUACUGAUUCAAAGGUGUACUGGCGUCAGAAGGCAGUUGUUGCUGUCAUGGAGGCUGGUGGCCUUAAUUGAGUUGUUACGUGUCAUUAGAAGGUUGAGCCUCAAAGAGCAGUGGACAGACAUAUCACUCCAAUACUUGACUUUGAAGAUCCUUCAUAUAGCAUUAGUUGAGAAUCCACGAGAGAUGAGAACCCUUUGGUGAAAAUUUUUGAACUUCAUGCACUUUGGUUGACCGUGUUAAGAGAAACUGUGUAUCCUUUAUCACCUGUUCUGUUGCAUGCGUCUCUCUAUUGUUUCUGUUUGGUUUUUGGCACGAGGAGGAAGAUGCUGAUGAUGCUCAGGGGCUCUUUUACCUUAAAAGUAUAUAGUGAUGGUUUUUUGUUCAGCCAUGGGUAAUGUUCUUUGUUGAAUUUGUGGAACCGAUUAUGUGAUGCAUUUCCAACCUUUUAUUCACGUGCUUUGACCUUGACCAUGUGUGAAAUUAAUACAUAGAAGCCUUUGUAACUUUACCCCAUUGCUUAUGCUCAAGACCUGUUCAUGCAGUGAAAAGGCGAGUUUUGCUUCAGUUGGUCCAUGCUGAACAUCACAAGGGCAUGAGAAUCUCUUGCUGUGCAUCUUGGAUAAGCUGUUGUUAUAUGGUUGUUUGACGGAAACUUUUUUUUUAAUAAAAAUAAUUGCUUAAAAGAAAGUUGAACACACAUUCAAUGUUAAUAUCAUUUAAGCUCUCUUAUAACUAAAGUGUCCUUGACAAUUGUUCAGAUAUCGUAAUUUGAGCAGCUUGCAGUAUCUAUGCGAAAAUGGAAGAAUUCAGAAAUUUGCUAAUAGUUUCUGCGCACUUGCUUUCAUGCUUCAAGAGUAUAAGCAGAAGACUAAGGAGUUGUCUGUCCGGGCUGAUUCUCAUCCGCCUUUACUCGACUUGAAAAUUGAAAGUCAUGUGAUCCUACAGCCAUCCUUUUCCCUUCGUGCUGAUGCUUCUCACUCUCAACUGUGGAUUGAACAUGUGGUUAAGUUGAGCAGGGUUCUUUAUUCAUUCAUUGUUGCUCCGGAAACAGUAAAAUCUCAAGCUAAUA